UUUUUUUUUUAAGAGAAGAAAAAAAACGAACGGUGGUGAUAAAAAGUCAGAGCUCUCUCAAAUCGCAGAGGCUCUCAUCUAAUCUUCUUUCUCCAGCGUCCGAUCUUCUCCCGAUCUCUCUCUCUUCAUCCUCCAAUCAUCAACCUUCACUCCCGUCCCGCCCUUUUUCAAUUUCCUCUGGUUCACAUGGCCGAGUCGCAGACCAAGAGUCCCGGAGACCACGUGAGCGGCGGAGACCAGAGCCCGAGGUCGUCGUCGCACGUGCGCGAGCAAGACAGGUUUCUCCCGAUAGCGAACAUAAGCCGUAUAAUGAAAAGAGGGCUCCCUGCUAAUGGUAAGAUCGCUAAAGACGCCAAGGAGAUUCUCCAGGAGUGUGUCUCCGAGUUCAUCAGCUUCGUCACCAGCGAAGCGAGUGAUAAGUGCCAAAGAGAGAAACGGAAGACGAUUAAUGGAGAUGAUUUGCUUUGGGCUAUGGCCACUUUAGGAUUUGAAGAAUACAUCGAACCACUCAAGUUGUAUCUUACUAGAUAUAGAGAGAUGGAGGGUGAUUCAAAGGGAUCAGCAAGAGGCGGCGAUAUCGCGAAUGCAAAGAGAGAUGGCCAAUCAAGCCAAAACGGCCAGUUCUCGCAGCUUGCUCACCAAGGCUCUUACCCACAAGGUCCUUAUGGAAACUCUCAAGCUCAGCAUAUGAUGGUUCCAAUGCCGGGCACAGAAUAGUACGAUGGUGUUCCAAAAGGGCCGGCCGUGUCUGUAUACUAUUUUGUGCUGUAAGGAUGAGGGUAACUGUGACAAUAAUCAUCUAAAUUAUUAUGUUUUCUUUUUCCUUUUGAUUUGUUCUUAAGAAGUCAAGAGAUUCGUAUUUGUAUUUGGUUUAUUGGUUUUGUGGAUUAUAUCAUGCAAGCCUUAAUAUUGAUGCAACUUAUAGUU